UGAUGAAUAAUUCUGCCACCUCUUCAUCCAACCAACAAACAUCUUCGACGAGUGCUUCGUCAUCGGCAGGUACUGCUAAUAGUGGAGGAGGACAGUCGGGUGGUUCUGCUGCUUCUGGUGGUUUGAAUCCAACAAUGAUCGUGAAUAAUUCUGGAAAUACAAUUGCUUGUGGAGAUUUGUUCUAUGCAUUCUUUAAUCAACCACAUCAUCAACAAAAUGUCAAGUCUGGAUCUUCCUCAGCUUCUAUGAAGCAACAACAACAAUAUAUUCAACAAUUACUUCAGGAAGAUGUUGAUGAUUUCCAAAAUCCUAGUUCCAAAAUGUUCAAGAGGUUUUUAUAUCAAAUGGUCGUAAACCAAUUAAAACAUGAUGGAUUCCAAGGAGCAGCAAAUGCUGUCUCUGAAGCUCUUUUCUUGGAACAGGACAAUCAACUCUUUGAAAAGGAACCACAACGAUUGAGUGAAUUACUUCUUCUUGGUAUGGAAAAGGAAAAGGAAUUGAAAUACGAUAUCUUUGUAGAACCAUCAUCCAAAAAGAAUACUAAGAAGAGAAAGUCUGAUUUUGCUUCACAACAAAAUCAUGUCAUUACACUCGGAGAAAACAUUCACAAGAGUGUUCCAACAACAACAUCAUCAUCAUCUUCACAAGCACAAAAGGAAGGAUUAUCUGCUGAUGGUUUGGCUCUCAAGCAUUGUAAUUUUACAACCAAGUUUAUUACAACUCACAAAGGAGCUGCUAGAUGUGCCAAGUUUUCAAAUGAUGGAAGAUAUGUUGUCACAGGAUCUUCUGACUGUUCACUCAAGUUAUUGGAUGUUUCUAAAAUGAACUAUCACCAUCAAACAAAGGCAGAAGUUGAAGAUUAUUCAAAUGCUCGACCUGUCAUUAGAACUUUUUAUGAUCACAUCAUGCCAAUUAAUGAUGUUGAAUUCCACCCAUAUUUACCAGUUAUUGUUUCAGCUGCUAAGGAUAAUUCCAUUAAAUUUUUCGACAUUACAAAGCCAACUGUAAAGAAAGCUUUUCACACUAUUGAGGAGUCUCAUAAUGUUAGAACUAUUUCUAUCCAUCCAUCUGGAAAUUAUUUACUUGUAGGAACAGAUGAUACAGUCAUUAGAACUUAUGAUUUGACAAAUAAUUACAAAUGUUAUACAUCUUCGAAUACAUACGACAAUCACUUUAAAUCACUAAAUCAGGUUAGAUAUUCACCAGACGGUAAAAUGUUUAUCAGUGCAGGAAAGGAUGGUGCUAUCAAGAUUUGGGAUGGUGUAACUGGCAGAUGUGUUACAACAAUUCCAAAAGCUCAUGGUAAUUCAGUUUUCUCUGUACAAUUCUCUCAAAAUUCUAAAUAUUUCCUCUCUGGUGGAUCUGAUUCUAUUGUAAGGAUAUGGGAUCUUUCUACUGGUAAACAAGUGAGGUCAUACGAACCACCAAAACCUCAAGAAGUCAACUAUAGGGUUCAAGCUAGUUUCAAUUUUAACGAAAGUGGUGUUAUGUCUUCUUUCCAUAAUGAUAUUAUCAUUUGGGAUACUAGAAUGUCCAGUAUUUCACACCAAUUAUCAGGACAUAUUAAACCUGUUCGAUGGAUAGCCUCUUCUCCAGUGAUGCACUCAAUCAUGUCUUGCAGUGAAGAUUUGAGAGCUCGUUUCUGGAAUGGAGAAUAAAUAUUGUUUUAUU